AUUUCAAAAUUACCGUCAUCAAACAAAUUCAGUUUUGAGAUUUUGGCGACGCUACCGCAAAACCGCAGCCAUCGCCUGAGGAAAUCGAGUACAUAGAUCUUCCUUGUAGCCCUAAUCGAUUCGAUGAGGAACGAUACGAUACACGAGUUGUUUACUAGGAGACGACAGCAGCUGAGAUUCUAAGCGGAGGCGGUAUUGAGUCUUUUUAGGGAUUUGAUGGGACGUGUUCCUGUUGAUCGUCAAUCAGGCCUCCAACAGAAAUCUCCAUCUGCUGAGCUUCCAUUGACCGAAGCUUCUCCUUCCUCCACCAGUCCACACAUCAGCUUUGAAUCAUCGCCGGCCACCAGAAGUUCAACCACUCCAUGCAGCGACCAGAGCAACAAAAAAAAUCGAGCUGUCAUCCUUCCGCUAUCUCUCGGUGUGGCACAAAGAAAACCUCCUAGAAUUAAUUGGAAACAAGAAAAUAUUGAGAAAACAUUUCUAGAAGCUUGCUUACAUGAAAUCACUGUAAAUGGACGGGAAGGGAAUAGCUUAAAAGUCAACUCAUGGAAGAAUGUAGGCCAAAGACUACAAAAAGAACAUGAUUUUGAUGCAAAUCAAAGGCAAAUGAAGAAUCGUUAUGACUAUCUGAAAGCCAAGUUUGGAGCUUGGUUGAAGUUGAGAAACAAAUCGGGGAAUGUAUAUGAUCCAAUAAAGAACAAAUUCAAUUUAGAAGAAGAAGAAUGGCAAAUGGAGAUUAAGUCGAACAAAUACGUGCAAACACUGAGAACAGCGCCACUACUUUUUCCCGAUCUUUGCAUCCAAUUGUUUGAGGGAGUAACUUCCAAUGGAUUUGAUGGUUGUGGGCCCUCUUCUCAGCUUCCCCAUGAUAUGGAUUCACCUCAAUCGCAACAACAACCCUCAACUCCAAGAGUUUUGACUCAUGCUCAACAACCCCCGACUCCAAGUGACGAGUCAUCUUGUCGUUCGAAAAAACGAAAAAGCAAAGAUUCGCUUGAGUUAAAAAUCUUAGAAAUCGGGGAAGAAAUUUGUAAGGUUGCAAGGUUGUUGAUGAAAAACCAUACUAUAGAUGAUGAUGUAGACGCUUGUAUUGAAAAAUUGGAGAAAUUUGAAUGGGGAACAGAAGAUCCAAGAUAUAACACGGCUCUUAUGCUUUUUGGGGAAAGUGAGGGUCUUAGGAAGGUUUGGUUGCGUAUUAAACCGGCUUCUUGUGAGAAUUGGAUUAGGAAUGCUGGACGUAAGUAUGGUUUGUUGUGAGACUUGGUAUGGAAAGUAGGAAAGUUUGUCAUCUUAUGUUAUUGAUGUUUUGUGUUGAUGGAAUUUAUGAAUUUUUAUGUUAUGGAAUAUUGAGUUUAUGCUG